AUGCCAGUUGCAACAAUUGAAAAUAAAUCUGUACAAAUUGAUGAUGAUUUAACUGAUUUAUCAUGGCUUAUACAAAUGAAUAAUACUAAACAACAACAACAACAACGUUAUUCAACAUCACAUGAAUAUAAUAAUCAUGAAAAUAAAAAUAAAAAAAUUGAACGAAUAAAUAAACCAUUUACAGUUGUUAAUGGUCAAACAAUACGUUCAUCAAUACCGGCAUUUACUCAUAAUCAUCAAUAUUCAAAUGAAGAGAAUCAAUACUAUUCUCAUCAAUCAUAUCAUAAUCAAACAUCAAAACGUAAAUUUGAUUCAUCAACAACAUCAUCAUAUCAUCAUCAUCAGACAAAACGUUUUCAUUCUGAACAAAUUCUUCCUAUUUAUCCUACACAAUCAUUAUCAUCUGAAUCAUUCUAUUUUGAUUAUUCACAACCAUCGACACAACAGCAACAACAACGAACAUCUCGAUAUAUGUUACUUAAAAAUGAUCCAUCACUUUCAGAUACAUUACCAACUGUUCAUAUGCCAACAAAUUUUAAUGAACCAAUUCAAAUGAUUGAACAUGAAAAUAUCUAUACAGAUGAUAUUGAACAUUUAUUAGAUAUAUUUAAAAAUGAAGUUGAAAUGAUUGGACUUGAUCCAAUAGCAACAACAAGUACAGGUGAUUGUACGAUGGAUAUGAAUCAUUGUUUAUCAUCAAAUGAAUUUUGUUCUUAUUAA